AUGUCAGUGGACAUCAUUCAACCUGUCGGAGGCCUGAAGAGAACAAAAAACGCUGAGCAGGGAGAAUUCACUCUGUCUAUUAUCUUUGAGCUGCGACAUCAGUCUUCACCUGCCUUCAGACUUGGACCGAAACUUACGCCAUCAGCUCUCCUGGCUCUUAGGCCUUUGGACUUGGAUUGGAACUACAUCAUUGGCGCUCCUGGGUCUCCUGCUUGCCCACGGCAGAUCCUGGGAUUUCUCAGCCUCCACAACCAUAUGAGCCAAUUCCUUACAAUAUUUCUACUGAUUCUGUUCCCCUGGAGAACCCAGACUAAUACAGGACCCUCCCCGAACCCCCCAAAUCAGAAUAGCGCUCAGCCCACGUUUCCGACCGCGCGCCCGGGUGCCAGCCCCCGCAGUGACAGCGCGCCCCAGGUGCCAGCCCCCCGGGGAGGCGCCCAGCCCGCGCGCCAGGUGCAGGCGCCGCCCCGCCCGCUGCGAUCCCGGGGCGGGGGACGCCGGGAGAGGGAUGCCCGCGCCGGGGCGGCGGCCGGGACCCUGGCCUGCCGGGCUCUGGGCGCCCCGGUCCAGCCCGCGCCCUCCCCGCGGCCAGAGGCGCCACGGCGACCUGGGCGCGCCCUUCGGCCCGCCCCCGGCCAGUGGUGGCGGAGGGAGCGAAGGAUGAAGGUGAAGGGGAAGCAUGGAAGAAAAUUGGCAGAAGGAUUUGUUUUGAUGAGUAGGGAGGUGAAGAAAAGCCUGGAAGUGCAGAGAGCUUCUCAUUGGUUGUUCAUUAUGGGGAGACGUAGAGAACAGGUCAGGAGGGCUCAGCUGCUGAAGAUCCUGCUUCCAAAAUAAGGGAAAUCAUCAGAGUCCAGAGCUCAGCAGAUGAUGGACCCGUGGAGACAAAUGAAGUCAGGUGAAAUCUCUUGGAAGAGAGAAUGUCUAAGUACAAGCAUCCCUCCUCACUCAAGAAAGCCUACUCUUAUAGACAAAGAGCUAUUGGUCAGAAAGAGAAGUGAACUGGGCAGAGCAUUUUUAACCAAAGGCUGAAUUCUUCCUGCAACCUAAGUCCCAAACUCCGGACACAACUGCUCUGACUCCUGAGGUUCUCAUGGAGCUGGAAAGCAGAUAAAUGGAAGAGGUGGUCCAGCAUUUCGACUGAACAUGGACAUUUGGAUGCUAUAUGUUUAAUAUCUAGUGACAUAAAUCAAUGUGCAGGUUUCAGUGUAUCACACUUUCCAGCUUCUAGGCAACGAUCUAUAAUACCAAAUAUUCCACCCUCCACCUACCAGGUGAUUGGGGCCUCUCUCUCCAAGCAAAGAUGGCAGGGAUUGGGAGGUGGGGAUGGGCCUCUUGGAAGAAGCGCAGAUUUUAAAAAAUAUAUACCAUUCUAUAUGUUAGAACUUUUCAUACAUGUAGUUAUAACUCUAUAUGCUGUUUUGUAAAUUUUUCACAAUAUAACAUGAAAACAAUAAACUAUAAAUCAUUAAAUAAUUCAUUCUAUAAAUAUUUUUUGAUGAUCUCCUGUAAAUAUUUUUUGAAGUUAGUGCGAGAAAAACUGCUGCCACCCUAGUAGCUCUGAGUUCUAAAAACUGUUUUGUUUCUUGGGCAUAAUCUAGCAGUAACAUAUUGCUGCUGAGGAUCUAGGUAUUGAUCUUGGUUAAUUCCAUUGACCCUUUCUAACGCACUGCCAUUUUCCCUAAUAGAUGAGAGAAAUCUAUUUUUAUAGUUAUGGCUAUAUCGACCUGUCUAAAAUAUAUAAUUCAUAUAUAAACUGAUACUCUAAGAAAAAACAGAACUUCCCAUUGACACUUUUUAGUGAGAGCAUAGAUCAACUGCAAAAUCCAGGGAUGGCUUCUUAUUUUCAAGUUUACCUGAGAAUGUAAACAUUUUCAUCUUUUGGUUGAAAUUUAGACUAAUUUAUUUAGAAAUUUGAGUCAUACCUUAGUGAUUUAAGAACAAAUUUAUUCAGCACGUUGUUUACUGAAUAAUUACUGUAUGCCAGGUCCUUUGCUACACUCUGGAAAUAAAAGUGGAGGGAAAAGUGACUUGGGAGAAAAGAGUCAUAUAAGUAAAUAAAUCACAAUGUAACACAGUAGGAGCUUUUUUGAAGAAGAUUAGCCUUCAGUUAACAUCUGCCGCCAAGCCUCCUCUUUUUUU